CGGUGUCUAGAUAAGCCGGUGCCGGGCACGCUUUCCGCAGUUUUCAGUUGUACUCGAAGAAAGGAAAGCCAUGCCUGAACCCGCUAAGUCCGCCCCGAAGAAGGGCUCCAAGAAAGCCGUGACUAAGACGGCUGGUAAGGGAGGCAAGAAGCGCAGAAAGUCCAGAAGGGAGAGCUACGCUAUCUACGUGUACAAGGUGCUGAAGCAGGUCCACCCCGACACCGGCAUUUCCUCCAAGGCGAUGGGCAUCAUGAACUCGUUCGUCAACGACAUCUUCGAGCGCAUCGCCGGUGAGUCGUCCCGUUUGGCUCAUUACAACAAACGCUCCACCAUCACGUCCAGGGAGAUCCAGACCGCCGUGCGCCUGCUUCUUCCCGGUGAGCUGGCCAAGCACGCCGUGUCUGAGGGCACCAAGGCUGUCACCAAGUACACCAGCUCCAAGUAAGAAGUGACGACAAACU